GGAUGAGAUCCCUGAAACACCUCAAACAUCACACCAGGAACAAUGUGGAGGAGGAGAGUGGCCGUCUGGUGCGGUGCUACCCCAAGGUGGUGGAGGGCCAGGUGGAUGCAGGAACACAGACAGAACCCGUGGUGGUGCUGUCACUGGCCCAGGCUGCUGUCCUGGGCCUUAUCUCCCAGAAUGAGAUCUUUGGAGCCACCAUAGCCCCCAAUGGCUUCUACAUGGGCGAGCCCAGGGAGUAUGGCAGGACCCCUCCUACUCCAGAGGGCAUGGAGUAUGAGUACGCUGACCAACUGAUUGGGGCCAACGGGGACUACCUGUCUGAGCCUGUAGGGGAGUCUGAGCCCCACAGCAGUGAGAGGAGGCGCCCCGGGCCCAGAGGGAGGACCAGGAGACCCAGGAGUGAAGGAGGAGCGCCAGGGGAGCCCCCUCACAGAGUCCCCAACAUACAGACUCAAGUCAAAGGGGAGCGGGGAGAGUCUGACACCCCUCCGUCCUGCAUCCACAUGGCGAAGAGCCGUAGCAGCCCAGGCAAGACAGAUGAGCCAGCCACUCACAGACGGCCUCUGAAGGAGGAGCAGAGCUGUGGUAACUGUGCUGUGUGUGUGAGAGAGACGUCCAGUCAGACCCAGACGGAAGUGCGGCCAGAGCGGGGACCAGAGGAGAGGAGGGAGGGAGGAGGAGAGGGACAAGAAGAGGAGGUAGCUGAGGAGGAAGAAGGAGUGUUGAACCUCAAGACUGGAGGAGACAGGGGACACAGUCCCAGUCCCGUUAUGAACCGCUACUUUGAGUCCAGCGAGGUGGCCUAUGAGUCUGCUGACAUGGCCGUGGGGGACUAUGACGAGGGCAGCCAGGGAAUGUUGUGGGCUGCAGAUGCUGAGGGGAUAGCCAGGCGCAUGCAGAUCGACCGGCUGGACGUUAACGUCCAGAUAGAUGAGUCCUACUGCGUGGAUGUGGGAGAGGGCCUGAAGAGAUGGAAGUGCCGCAUGUGUGAGAAGUCUUAUACCUCCAAGUACAACCUGGUCACCCACAUCCUGGGCCACAACGGCAUUAAGCCCCAUGAAUGCCUGCACUGCGGCAAGCUGUUCAAGCAGCCCAGCCACCUCCAGACCCACCUGCUCACCCACCAGGGCACCCGGCCACACAAGUGCACCGUGUGUAAGAAGGCCUUCACCCAGACCAGCCACCUGAAGAGGCACAUGCUGCAGCACUCGGACGUCAAGCCCUACAGCUGCCGCUUCUGUGGCCGAGGCUUCGCCUACCCCAGUGAGCUCCGGUCCCACGAGAACAAACACGAAAACGGCCACUGCCAUGUGUGUUCCCAGUGUGCCAUGGAGUUCCCCACCCACGCCUACCUGAAGCGCCACCAGACCAGUCACCAGGGCCCCACCACCUACCAGUGCACUGAGUGCAACAAGUCCUUUGCCUACCGCAGCCAGCUGCAGAACCACCUCAUGAAGCAUCAGAACGUAAGGCCCUACGUCUGCCCAGAGUGUGGAAUGGAGUUUGUCCAGAUCCAUCACCUCAAGCAGCAUUCCCUCACUCACAAGGUACUGACACCACAGGCCCUCGCCGACCAGAGUAUGAAGGAAUUCAAAUGUGAUGUGUGUGCCCGGGAGUUCACCCUCUCUGCUAACCUCAAGAGGCACAUGCUGAUCCACGCCAGCAUCAGGCCCUUCCAGUGUCACGUCUGCUUCAAGACCUUUGUCCAGAAACAGACCCUCAAAACACACAUGAUCGUCCACCUGCCUGUCAAGCCUUUCAAAUGCAAGGUGUGUGGCAAAUCUUUCAACAGAAUGUACAACCUCCUGGGCCACAUGCACCUCCACGCUGGCAGCAAGCCCUUCAAGUGUCCUUACUGCUCCAGCAAGUUCAACCUGAAGGGCAAUCUGAGCCGACACAUGAAGGUCAAACACGGCGUCCUGGACGCUUCACCAGACGGACAAGCCCCCCCUGACAUAGAGAACCAGGAGGACUAUGACGAAGACAACUUUGAAUUCAGCGAACGAGAGAACCUGGCCAGUAACAACACACCAGACAUCGCUAAACUGUCUGAAAUUGAGUAUUAUAGCAGCUACGCCAAGGGUGCAGGGCGCUACAAAACGGCAUGAAUGAUUAAAAGACCCCAUAUUGAGUAGAAAUGUAAACUAAUAAAGGAAGUUAGUGCCACUAGCAGCUGACAGCAAUGUGAUGAGCUUUUACUCACUGUAAGGGCAUGAUAUAAAGUGGUGGAGUCUGCCCAUUCGUAUACACUGGAAUCUGUUCUCUCGCUCCGGUAUUCAUUGGGAGUGAGAGACAGGUCAUUUGGGAUUGUAGAUUUCUCAUCGGUCUGUUUGUUUUGUGCUGAAAUGUGACUUCAGCUCUAGCUGCCACAACAUUGUGAUUGAUAAAUGUAGUGUUCACAUGAAAAAGGGGUAAUAUCUGAAAAUAAACCAUCAUCCAAACCUCUGGGAGAGACAUACUCAACAUACAUCCCCAGAUGUGGCCUAACUCUGUAAGCACACUUUGUAGGGAAACACCCAUACGGUACCGACGUGGCUCAGUUGGUUGCGUACGGUACUUGCAACACCAGGAUUGUGGGAUCAAUUUCCACGGCGGACCAGUACGAAAAUGUAAUCACUCACUACUGUAAGUCACUCACUACUGUAAAUCGCUCUGGACAAGAGUGUCUGCUAAAUGACUAAAAUGUAAUAGUAAAAUGCACUUACUCAUUCAGAGCCAUCCCCCAGUAAGUCUGUGUGGGUAAAUUAGAAUACAGCUGAGUAUUAUUGCUUUUAUUAACAUAUAUAACAAUGCAUACAAGCCAGUCAAGUAAAUGUGUCCUCUGUUCACGUCACUUACCAAAGCUGAUAACAUUCAAGCAGUUCUCAUGAUGGUUAGCCAACCAACUUUUAUUUUUAUUUUACUUCUCUGUUUUACUUUUAUACUGCGAGUAGUUUCAACUACAGUUCUAGGUUUAGAUAACAUAGGAUGCUCAUUUCAUAUUCUGUUGUAUUUGAAAUGUGCAGAAAGAAUCAUUCGGCCAGUGUCAUUCAGACUCCUCGAGUUGGCUGGUUCUGCACGUCAUCACUUUAUGGCCCCAUGUUACUAGCUUGAUUUGAAGUGUCUGCAUUGGCAGACAUUUUUGUUAUUGAUCCCGAGUUAAAUAAUUGUACUGAUGCAGCCCACAUCUUUAAGUGAGCUAAAAGCAAAAUAAAAUAUGUUCGAAUUGCCCUUC